AUGGCAGACUUCAAGCCGUACAGCGAGCAACCCGAGCUCCACGCCAAAGCACCCUACCGUGCCGCUAUGCUCACGCAACCUGCAAACCUCAAACAAGCACUCAAAGACGCCCAGGCAGAUGCGAGCAAGACUCUCAUGGGCAUCGCGCAAGGUAUCCCAAGCACCUUUGUGACCAAGUUGAUUGCCUCCACCAAGCCGGAUUUCAUCUGGAUGGAUGUUGAGCACGGCAUGUACAACAGGUUGACGUUACACGAUUGCAUUCACGCCGCUCAGCAUCAUUCCGAGGGUAAAUCAAUGGUCAUCUGCCGUGUACCGAAGCACGAUGAGCUCAGCCUUACCACUGCCCUCGACGCAGGAUGCGCCGGUAUCGUCAUCCCACAUGUAGAGAGUGCGCAAGAAGUCCGAGACUUCAUUAAGGAAAUGUACUUUGGCGGCGGCAAAGGCCAUCGUUCAUUCAGCCCUUGGACAUUUACACCUGGUAUGGUACAAUCGCUCUACCCCAACGACCCCUACAACGUUCAAACGGCCAACAACCACGUCUGCCUCAUCCCCCAGAUCGAAUCUCUAAAGGGCCUUGAGGCUUGCGAAGAGAUUGCUGCUGUAGAGGGCAUUUCCGGUCUCAUGUUUGGUCCUGGCGAUUACAUGAUUGACGCUGGCAUGGACAUCCAUUCAUUCAUGAACGGAAACCCCGAUCCGAAAUUUUUCGAAGCCAUGGAGACAUUCAAUGCUGCGGCUGCCAAGUAUGAUCUGCCUAUCUUUGGUGGUGUGAUGGGACUGGAUCAGAUACCCAUGGCUAUCCAAACUGGUAUGCGAGGUAUCGCAGUGCAAUUCGAUGUGUGGGGUACUACACGGCUCUUUGCGAGUUCUUUGGAAGCGGGCUGGAAACAUGCGAAGAGCUUUGAGGGAAAUCCGAAGCCGAGUAUGGCGAACGGACAGUCGAAGCCGGCCGAGUAG